AUGACCGUGGCUCCAACAUCGCCAAUCGAUACAACUUCUUUAACAACACGAUACAUGUGUGCACAAACUGACUGGACUUUCGACACGCUUUAUUGGGCUUACCAGGAACAAACGGGCUACCCUGCCCCAUCGACCUCCGUUUACCAAACCGCUGCCCCCUCGACAUCUACUCCCUCUACAGUGACCUCCUCUACAUCCACCUCGUCUACAUUCACUUCUUCCAUAUCUACUUCCUUGCCCACAAGUACAAGUACCACACUCCCGGACUCGACAACCUCGGACCAGAGCGGCUCAUCUCUUUCUGGUGGUGCGAUCGCGGGUAUUGUGAUCGGAUGUUUCGCGGCCGCAAUUUUGCUCGCAGGGUUCCUUUUGCGCCGAUAUCGUCUUCCACCUUUCAGCAAAAGGAUUGACCCUACCAACGAACUUCCAGAGUUGCCAGAACAGAAUCAAGUACAUGAGAUUGGAUCUUCUGGAUCGCCUCCACAAAAGUCCAACACGGUGUAUGAGAUUGGUUCUUAA